CCGCCACCGCACCUUCCUUCCGCCCGCCCGCACUGACGUCACCGGAAGUGGCCGCACGAGGCCUCUCUAGGCAGCUUGGAGGACCGCUCUAAGGCAGCUUGGAGAAUCGCUGGGAGCAGACAAGGCGCGAGAAUUUGGCCUCAGAGCUGAAGGCUUUGUGGGAUCCUCCACCAUCUCCACCACACCGGCUGCAUGGAGGUCCCCAAGAAGCUGGUGAACUCGGUGACGGGCUGCGCUGAUGAUGCUCUGGCGGGGCUGGUGGCCUGCAACGCCAACCUCCGGCUCCUGCAGGGCCACCGGGUGGUCCUGCGUGCUGAUCUGGUGGCCAUCAAGGGCCGAGUGGCUUUGCUUUCCGGAGGGGGCUCCGGCCACGAGCCAGCGCAUGCAGGGUACAUCGGGAAGGGGAUGCUGACCGGUGUGGUGGCCGGUGCCGUCUUCACCUCUCCAGCCGUGGGCAGCAUCUUGGCGGCCAUCCGAGCAGUGACAGAGGCUGGCGCAGCUGGGACGCUCCUCAUUGUGAAGAAUUACACUGGAGAUCGCCUCAACUUCGGGCUGGCGUUGGAGCGGGCACGGGCAGAGGGGGCCGACGUGCAGAUGGUGGUGGUGGGGGAUGACAGCGCCUUCACUGCGCCAAAGAAAGCUGGGCGGCGCGGGUUGUGUGGCACCAUCCUCGUCCAUAAGGUCGCUGGGGCUCUGGCUGAGAAGGGAGCAAGCUUGGAUGAGAUCGUGAAGAAGGUGUCAGCAGUCAUCAAAGCCAUGGGUACCCUGGGUCUCAGCCUGUCACCCUGCAGCGUUCCAGGAUCCAAGCCCACCUUCCAGCUGGCUGACGAUGAGAUGGAGCUGGGGCUGGGGAUCCAUGGUGAGGCAGGCGUGCACAGGAUGAAGCUGCUGCCAGCGGACGAGGCAGUAGAGACAAUGCUGGCACACAUGACGGACCCCUCCAACGUCUCCUGCCUCCCCGUGAGCUCCGGAGCCUCCGUGGUACUGGUGGUGAACAACCUGGGAGGGUUGUCCUGCCUGGAGCUGGGCAUCGUGGCCGGCGCGGCCGUGCGCCGCUUGGAGAGCCGAGGUGUCCACAUCGCCCGGGUCUUGGUGGGCUCCUUCAUGACGGCGCUGGAGAUGGCUGGGGUCUCCCUCACCCUCAUGCUGGUGGAUGAGGAACUCGUGGGGCUGCUUGAUGCCAAAACCACGGCCAUGGCUUGGCCCAACCUCCCUGCGGCGCCUGCAGCGAGCAAGAGGCAGGAGAUACCAGCACCAAAAGAGGGACCAAGGACCACACAGCAGGAGACCAGCACGGGGCCCAGCGCAGCACGGGUGCAGCUGGUCCUGGAGCGGGUUUGCAGCACCUUGCUCGAGAUGCAGGAGAAGCUCAAUGAGCUGGACCGUGCGGCCGGUGAUGGUGACUGUGGCCACACGCACGCUCGGGCUGCCCGAGCGAUCCAGGAGUGGGUGCGCUCUGAGCCCCUGCCAGCAGCCCCGGCUCAGCUCCUCUCAGCCCUGGCUGAUCUCCUGCUGGAGAAGAUGGGGGGCUCCUCCGGCGUGCUCUACGGGCUGUUCCUGACGGCAGCCGCUCGGGCCCUGCUUGGCCGCAAUGACCUCCCCGCGUGGGCUGACGCCAUGGACGCCGGCACCGAAGCCAUGGGGCGGUAUGGUGGAGCCGCGCCGGGGGACAGGACGAUGCUGGAUUCCAUGUGUGCUGCGGCGCAGGCUCUGGCUGCCCUGCGCAGCCCCAGUGCAGAGCUGCUGCCGGUGCUCAGUGCCGCUGUGCAGAGCGCAGAGGCCGCAGCGGAGGCCACGAGGCACAUGGAAGCUGGGGCGGGCAGGGCCAGCUACAUCAGCUCAGCCGAGCUGCGGCAGCCAGAUCCCGGCGCGGUGGCUGUGGCAGCCGUGCUGCGAGCUGUGCUGGAAGGGCUGCAGAGCUGAAGCAUUCUCAGCCCUGUGCCACCUCUUCAGGGUGGACAUCCUCAGGACGAGGACGUGUCAGCACACCCCAUUUCUCCCAGUAAACCUUUGUGUUGAUCCCAUUAAACCUUUUUGGUCCCCACAGCCUGGCCCAGAGCAUCCAUCCC